CUGAGGAUCCGGCUGAUGCCCGAGAGGAAAGCGGCAUUCAUGGGCAGGGAGAGCAGCUUAUCCGCGGCGAUCAGAGCCUCCCAGCCCCGCCUGCUCUUUCAGAUCUCCAGGAGAGGUAUGAGCACGUUGGAAUCUCCCACAAAUAUUCCUUCUCUCCCCCUUGAUUUCUCUGCCUGGAAUUUAACUUGGGUCAUGAAAGACUCUUCCCCGUUCUUCCCUCACAGCGGACAACAUGUGUUUGACUGCAAUUUUGAAUUGCCUUGUGAGCUGGAAUAUUCUCCCCCCCUGAAGGACAAAGAAAACCACAACAGGACCUGGCACAGAGUGAGUGCAGAGGAGCUAAACUUUUUGGAUGGACCAAAGAGAGAUCACUCUGAGGAUUCACCAAGAGGUUCAUUCCUGUUCCUCAAUACGUCAGAAAGCAUGAGCCCCAUCAUCUUGAGCCCCUGGCUGAGGAGCAGUAGUGAGCAAUGCACUAUGCAGGUGUCUGUGUACAGGCAUCUCCAACAAAGCGGGGACUAUAUUGCUCGGCUUCUCCCUGCUGACGAAAGUAGCAGUGAAAUCCUGUUGGCCCCAAGUCAAGAGAAACAUGGAUGGGUGCUUCUGCAGAAGAGAGUUGGACACCUUAAGAAACCUUUUCGGAUCUCACUGGAAUAUGUUGCUAGUGGGAACAGGAGUGUAGCUGCCAUGGACUCCUUUGCAAUGAAGAACUGCAGUUCAGGAUCUUCUUCUGGCUCCAAAAUGACCCUACAGGGUUCCUUCAACUGUUGGAAUGGAACAGUAAUCAAACUGGGGCAGGCAUGUGAUUUCAUCAGGGACUGCGCAGAGGGAGAGGACGAGGGAGAUAUGUGCAAAAAGCUCCCCCCUGGCUUUUACUGUUCGUUUGAAGAAGAGGACUGCGGCUGGACCCAGGGCUCUCCCGCCUCUCUCACUUCUCCAUGGCAGAUCGGAAACCUGGAAUACAGCCACUUCCCUUCACUGGAAGGCUCUGCACUCUUGCUGAACACCAGUAAGGUCCCAGUGGCAGAAACAACCAUCGUGACCAGCACUGUGUUUCCAGCUCCAAUUAGGAAUUCUCCCUGUGAGCUCCGAAUGUCAUGGCUCAUCCACGGCUUCUUGUUUGGAAAUAUUUCCCUGGUCCUUGUCGAGAACAAAACGGGGAAGGAACAGAGCAGGACGUUCUGGCACUUCACUAACAGUGAAGGUUUGGGAGUCUGGCAGUGGAUGGUUUUAUCUCUUCCUGACGUGUCAGACAGGUUUUGGCUUCAGAUCAUCACUUCAUGGGAAGAAGAAUCCGAUGCCAUUAUUGCUUUUGACAAUGUGUCUCUUAGCCUGGACUGUUAUCUAACAAUCAAUGGAGAGAAGACAUCUCGAGAUGCAGCUCCGGAUUCGAGCAAUCUGUUCAUCAAAGGAGACAGCCAGAAAAGGACCAGAUUGGAACAAAAGAUUCUGGAGAGCCUCCAACUCAGCACUGUUCCCAUCUCUGGUCCUGCAGAUCAGUGGUUGUUCACCACAUGUGGUGCCAGUGGACCGCAGGGACCCACUCAGACCCAGUGCAACGACGCCUAUAGGAACUCCAAUCUCAGUGUUAUAGUGGGGGCUGAAGGAAUUCUUCAAGGUGUGCAGAUCUGGAGAGUGCCAGCAACCAAUACUUACAGCAUCUCAGGCUAUGGAGCAGCUGGUGGGAAAGGAGGGAAGAAUACUAUGGUGAGGUCCCAUGGUGUGUCCAUAUUGGGGAUUUUUGACCUCCAAAAGGAUGAUGCCUUAUACAUCUUGGUGGGCCAGCAAGGAGAAGAUGCCUGCCCUAGUACUAACCAUGUUAUACAGAAAGUAUGCAUUGGAGAGAAUAACGUGAUUGAAGAGGAGAUUCGAGUGAACAGGAGUGUCCAUGAAUGGGCAGGAGGAGGUGGUGGAGGGGGAGGAGCAACGUAUAUAUUUAAGAUGGAGAAUGGAGAACCAGUCCCCUUGAUAAUUGCAGCAGGAGGUGGUGGCAGGGCCUACAGGGCCAAAACAGAUACUUUUCAUCCAGAAAGGCUGGAGAAUGAUUCAUCUGUUCCAGGGCUGAAUGGAAAUUCAGGAGCUGCAGGUGGUGGAGGUGGCUGGAAUGAUAACACUUCCUUCCUGUGGUCAGGAAAGUCCUUGCUGGAAGGUGCUACUGGAGGAAAAUCCUGCCCCCAGGCCAUGAAGAAGUGGGGGUGGGAGACAAGAGGGGGUUUCGGAGGGGGUGGAGGGGGGUGCUCCUCAGGUGGAGGAGGCGGAGGAUAUAUAGGUGGCAAUGCUGCAGCGGACAAUGACCCAGAGAUGGAUGGGGAGGAUGGUGUGUCCUUUAUUAGUCCACUGGGUACUUUAUACACCCCCGCACUGAAAGUGACAGAGGGGCACGGAGAGGUGGCUAUUAAGCUGCACCUCAACUGCAGCCACUGUGAGCUUGAUGAGUGCCGUGUUGAUCUGGAGACUCAAAAAGUCAUUUGCUUCUGUGAGCCUGGGACAGACCUGGCUGAUGAUGGUGUCUCUUGUGUAGCUGAUCCCGUGGCUCAUCUCCCCCUCUCCUUGGUCUUGUCUGUAGUGACGUCAGCACUGGUGGCUGCUCUCAUUCUGGCUUUUUCCGGGAUCAUGAUAGUGUAUCGCCGGAAACACCAGGAGCUGCAAGCCAUGCAGUUGGAAUUACAGAGCCCCGAGUACAAACUGAGCAGACUGCGCACCUCCACUAUUAUGACGGACUACAAUCCCAACUACUGCUUUGCAGGAAAGACCACCUCCAUCAGUGAUCUCAAAGAGGUGCCUCGGAAAAACAUCUCCCUCAUAAGGGGUUUGGGCCAUGGAGCCUUUGGCGAAGUAUAUGAAGGUCAGGUGCUGGGGAUCCCCAGUGACCCCAGUCCCUUGCAGGUGGCUGUGAAGACAUUGCCAGAGAUGUGUUCAGAGCAAGAUGAGCUGGAUUUCCUCAUGGAAGCUCUUAUUAUCAGCAAGUUCAACCACCAGAACAUCGUGCGCUGUAUUGGGGUCAGCUUGCAGGCGCUGCCACGCUUCAUCCUGCUGGAGCUUAUGGCUGGAGGGGACCUGAAAUCCUUCCUGAGGGAGACACGGCCUCGACCGAGCCAGCCCUCUUCCCUUUGCAUGCUGGACUUGCUACAUGUGGCUCGCGACAUUGCAUGUGGCUGUCAGUAUUUGGAAGAAAACCACUUCAUUCACAGGGACAUUGCUGCCAGGAACUGUCUCCUUACUUGUCAAGGGCCUGGAAGAGUAGCUAAAAUUGGAGAUUUUGGAAUGGCCCGGGACAUAUACAGGGCCAGCUAUUAUCGAAAGGGCGGGUGUGCCAUGCUGCCAGUCAAAUGGAUGCCACCUGAGGCCUUUAUGGAAGGAAUAUUUACAUCAAAAACUGAUACAUGGUCCUUUGGUGUGUUGCUGUGGGAGAUAUUCUCUCUUGGAUAUAUGCCUUAUCCUAGCAAAAGUAACCAGGAGGUUCUGGAGUUCGUAACAAAUGGAGGAAGGAUGGAUCCACCCAAAAACUGCCCUGGCCCUGUGUAUCGUAUAAUGACCCAGUGCUGGCAGCACCAGCCUGAAGACAGGCCAAACUUUGCCAUAAUACUGGAGAGGAUUGAAUACUGCACCCAGGAUCCUGAUGUCAUCACCACCGCUUUACCUGUGGAAUAUGGCCCAUCCAUUGAGGAGGAGGAGAAGGUUCCAAUGCGCCCAGAAGACCCCAAAGCAAUCCCUCCUCUGGUGAUCUCCCCACACCAAAAGAGAGAGGGUGACAAGCAGGCCCUGCCUUCUCCACCCCCUCUGCCUUCAGCCGUCACAGCUGGAAAACCUUUGGCAAAAGUGGCAGCCCCCGAGCCUCUGGUCCCUGUUAAUGUGCGACCAGCCCUCGAAGCGGGACACAUCAACAUGGCCUAUGCGCAGUCCACCCCGGCUUCUGACCUUCAGAAAGGCAGGGGGUCCAGAAAUAAGCCCACCAAUCUCUGGAAUCCAACAUAUGGCUCCUGGUUUGCAGAGAAGCCUGUCAUCAAAAACAAUUCUCUGCUGGAGAAAGAGGUGUCCGAGAGGGAGAAUUUGGGGCACGAAGGAAACUGUACUGUGGGGCCUGGUGUCGUGACUAGCAGGCUGCCAGGCUCCUCUCUGCUCUUAGAACCGUCUUCACUAACAGCCAGUGUGAAAGAAGUGCCUCUCUUUAGGCUCCGCCACUUCCCCUGUGGGAACGUCAACUAUGGAUACCAACAGCAGGGCUUACCCCUGGAAACCUCUGCCCCACCUUGCGCUAGCAAUUAUGAGGACUCUGUCCUUAGAAACAAGAGCCACGUAGUCCAUCAGGGGCCUUGAGAGCCCUCUGCUCUCUUGACUCUCAUUCUGUGUGGCUCUUGAGCUUGGAGAGUAUUGUCCUUGUCAUCCAAGAGAGAGCAGACAACACUAACUUUCAUUAUGUGCCAACUAGCUCUGAAGUGCCACCCUUUGAAGCCGUGUUUUCAGAUAACUCAAGAAGCUUCAACUCAUUGGAGCCUCUGCUACUACUACUACGAGAAAGGGGGGAUAUUAACGUUAACUGCAAGGCCCAGCUUUCGGUUGCAUAAACGUAUAUGCAUGGUCAUUGUCGUGUCGUGCCCUUCCCUGUGCGCUUCUUCUCAAUUGUGUAUGCUCCGCUUAAAUGUAAGGUCAGGUUUCACUGCCUGAGUAUUUCAUGUUUGGGGUUUUCCUUGCCAAGCUGCUGGUUGCUGUGGAAUGGGACUCUUAAAAUCCCCUAUGGAUGGCAGAGGUUUGAGGUGGCUUGGGAAAGAACCAUUUAUUCAAAACAAAAAGGAUAAAACAUCUUUGAAUGAAGGCACCAGGGAACAUUCCCAAGUUGCAUUACUGCAGUAACAUAGUCUGCACCAGCCCUUGAAUAUGCAGUAAUUACGGUAUCAUUGGCAAGGCAAUGGAAAGAUGCCAGUCACACUGUCUGGUUUGUGAGUAAGAUGGGAAGUUAACUAACUGUAGAGGAAGAGAAUGAAGUGCAAAAGGAGGAGGAUUUAUAUUUUUUUCAGACCCAAAGCCAAGGACAGUACUGGCCCCUUAAAAUUCUUUCUAUGCUACAGAAAGGAAACACCGGGUUCUACAGGAACUUCUUGUUGUUCAGUGGAAUUCAGAUGGAAUUUUACAGGGCCAGUCUUGUGAGAGAGACGUUAAAAAGGCCGUUACAGUGAGAAGUCACCAGUAGAUAGAAAUACAAAGGUCUGAAAUGCCCUUCACUAACAACUCCAACCAGAAGGCUUGACUUUGUACCCUCAGCUGAUUCUAGGCAGUGUCUGCACUUCAAGGGUUCAUUACCCUCGUUCUUUUAACAGAAUUAUUGUAUGCUAGUCCAUUAAAAAACCAAAGCUGCACUGCUGCAUUCGGUACACCUUGUGCAUGAAACGUGUGUUGUUACAAUAUACACAUAAGAGUUGAAUUCAGAUGUACAUUAAUCAUUUACAAUAUACUCCGCUGGGGCUGCUGAAGCAGCAGUGCUGUCUAAAAUACACGGUGCCUAUUUCCAUAGAAAUAGGUCUAUCAGAGCAGCAGCAAAGGAAUAUAGAAGAGAUGGGCCUGGAUCCAAGACCUUUAACUUUGGGGGAGUGGUUCAGCAUCCAGUCCUGGAUCCAAACUUUGCAGUAAAAUCUCUAACAAAAGAAACCAGAGCCCCAGAUCAAAACACCCCAGGCUUUGGGGUACCGGAGAGAGCUCCAAAUCUGACGACUAUGACCUGAGCCCCCCAUCUUUAAAGUGAAGUUCUUGUCCCUGCUCUGCCUUCCCCCACCCGUCUGGUAAAUAAUGCUGACGUCUUAGUAGCGUAAUGUUGAAAUUGUGCAUCAAACUUUUUUUUUUUUUAAUGAGGCUUAUGUUAGCAGGUCUGAAUUGUGAACUGUAAUGAUUCUGUGGGUGCUUUGGACUUCACUCAUCUGCUACUGGUAUGUCGCAUGUCAUGGCUGCAUGGAUUUCAUGGCUGUAGUGGGGACCAGAACUCAGGACCGUCUGUGGCAAAUACAGAGGCCUCUUCCACUUGCGCUAAAAGGAUAUUGGGGUGUCUAAUCCUCUCGGUGGACCAGCCACUAGAGGAGUGACUUGCUUCCAGACAGUGGAACAGGGCUGCCAUUCCAUCUAGCUUAGCACUGUUGCAUUCACACUACUCUUGCUACUACAAGAAAUGAAGAACUCUUCUACGGUCUCUGGAAAGACAACGUGUUCCAUGGGAGAACAAUGACUGAGCUUCACUGUGUACCAUCAAGGCUGUUUGCACUGCAUUAUUAUCCAUGUGGAACUGAAAUUUUCUUUAGACAUUUCAGCUUUCUUUUCCUUUUUCAAAAAGGGUCCAAAUGAAUUUUUUUCAAGCAGACCCUAAGGGAAAGCUUUUUGCUGUCUCUCACUCCUUUCAAGGCAAGAAACCGCUCUGAGUUUUUACUGCUCUACCAGCACGUAUAGCUGAGGGCAGAACCUAGUCAUAUGGUCUUAAAGGAGCAUAGCUGAAAUCUUAAUAAACUGUGACCGUCAGUUUCAAGCAUAUUGAGCUACAGACCUGUGAUUGCCUAACCCUGCAACUCCACAGUUAUUGUUAGUUUUCCAAUUGCUUCUGUUAAAAGUAGCAUUUAAAAAAAAAAAAGACCCCUUACAUCAUCAGCAAAGGAAGAUGAACAAAUGCCUGGAUAGCUUUUUUUCCUCCUCCCGAUUCACGGGGAGAGCAUGGAGCCAUACUGAUUGAUUGCUUUUCUGCCUCUGGCUUGUGGUGUUAUGGUGUGCAGCUAUAAUUUUAUUGGGGGGGGGGGUCACCUUACAUGUAUGAAGCUCACAAUGAGAGCUAAAACCAUUCCUACCAUUUACAGCUGGCCCACAUGAACAGCAUGUUUUGGUCAGUGGAAAAUGGGGAAUUGUCAUUCAGAUUUGCUGACAAUAUUUUCUUCUCCCAUACUUGGUGAGACUGUAGCGUAGGAUGAGAUCUUCAAAGAGGCACAAACCUCAGAUAGUUCUAAUGAAAUCUUCCUUUUGAUAGUCUCUGUGCAAAGUGCUUUGGACUAGGACAGUGGUGUUCAGCGUGCCACUGGGCUUAGGAUCUGUUGAAUCAAGAUUAGGUUUAGAGCUGAGGUUGAAUGGUGUAGAGCAAGAUUUUAGCAUGAGAUUUUGGCCCAAAUGUCAGAAAUCUGAGUUGGCAUUUCUCAUGAGGUUUCCAUCAUCUUGCAUAAUCAGUUUCAGACACAUCCACAACAUGACCAGCAAUGAGCUGCUUGUGUAGUUUUGGAGCCAGUGCAGACAUGGCCCCACAGAGGUAGGUCUGAAUUCAGCUACUGCCAUACUUCUCCUGGAAUUGAGGCAUUCAGAACAUGUAGUUGUGACUUAUUUCUAAUACAAAAUGUAACCCAUCUCAUCGCACACACACCCCCCCCUUCUUGUGCAGUUCAGUCUUCUGCAUGGGACGAUGCCUGUCACCAGUGACCUCUAGCUUAGCACUGUGUGGAUCAUAUUCUGCCCUGUGCUACACAUAUACACCCACUCCCCCCUCAGAGUUGCAUUCAUGCUUUUAAACUCAUUGCUUAAUUGUAAGCCUCGCCGUAGUCUCGCUGACAAUGUGUUUGCAGGAUCAGGGCUUUAAUCCCUGCACCCUAACCCCAGUAGUGUGGUAAUGAAAGGAAACUUCUCCCUGCUGCUGCCUGUUUGCUCUGUGGGUAAAAUAGCAUUUCACACUCCCAGUAUUGCACAGUGCCUGUUCGCUUGAAAUUUUUAUUGAUAAUAUUCUUGUCUAAAGGGGUUGCAAUAGGAUGUGGUAAUAGCUCUGCUUCGCUUGGAUUGUCACUGCUCUGCUUUGUGAAAUGAUCUGCAGAAAUCAGUUCAGACAAGGAAUUAAAAAUGCAAUGGCUCAAGACAUGCAUAACAAGUUCUUUCCUAGCAGGUGGGAAGGGCAACUUCACAGCAGCCGGGUUUGUUACCUUUGUCACCACGUAGAACUACAAGGGAGGAGGGAUGAAGUUAGAACACAUGAAUAGGAUGAAAAACAGCUCAGUGUCUGCAUGGUCGUGCACUGAUUGAUGGAUAUUUCAGGGUUUUUUUAAAAAAAGUCUUUUAUUUUAGC